GCGGAUCAAAGAACAGAAAGCAGCAGAUAGAGAACAAAGUAUUUGUAUUUAAACUCUGGAUCUGACUGGGAAGAUUAAUAACAGAAUAAUAAGUGUGGAUGAUGGAGAGGCCGCUCUGUGCCUUAUUUUCUGGAUUUUUAAGUUGACCAAAUAGUAGAAAAUGCUGCUGGUGAGGUGAAAACGAUGAAGAGAAGAAGGCAGAAAUGUGUUUUUAAUGCAGCACCUGUGGUCUGACUGUUGGAUGGAGCCGCUGGAGAUGGAGCCGCUGUUAUUCUGGCUGUACAGAAGACGAGAGACGCGCGCGGCGGAUGAAUAUUGGAGUGGUUUCAGAGUGAUCUCCUUUCAGCUCAAUGACAGGGGGAUCUGAGGCGGGAAGGUGGAGGGAUGGAGAAUGCCAGUCAGCUCAAACCAACGCCUGUCAUCUACGGAGAGCUGUUGAACAUCUCCUCCAACUACACCCGCGACAAUUUCACGUCGAAGGCGGAGGAGAAGGACGGUAACGUGGCUUUCCAGGCGGGUGUCGCGGUGACCUUAACCCUCAUAACUUUAGCCACGACGCUUUCAAACGCGUUCGUCAUCGCCACCAUUUAUCAAUCCCGAAAAUUACACACGCCGGCAAACUUCCUGAUCGCCUCCCUGGCCGUCACCGACCUCCUGGUGUCCAUCCUGGUGAUGCCCAUCAGCGCGCUCUACACGGUCAGCCAGACGUGGACGCUGGGGCAGGUGGUGUGCGACAUCUGGCUGUCCUCGGAUAUAACGUGCUGCACCGCGUCCAUCCUCCACCUGUGCGUAAUUGCGCUGGACCGCUACUGGGCCAUCACGGACGCGGUGGAGUACUCCAAGAAGCGCACGCCAGCGCGCGCAGCCGGCAUGAUCGCCACCGCCUGGGUGAUCGCCAUCUCCAUCUCCCUGCCGCCUUUCUUCUGGCGCCAGGUGAAGGCGGAGGAGGUGACGAGCUGCAACGUGAACACCGACCACAUUUUCUACACCAUUUACUCCACCUUCGGCGCGUUCUACAUCCCCACGCUGCUGCUCAUCGCGCUGUACGGGAGGAUUUAUGUGGAGGCACGGAAGCGCAUCCUGAAGCAGUCGCACAAUAAGCCGGGGAAGAGGCUCACCUCGGCGCACCUGAUCACCAACUCCCCCGGCUCGGUGGCGUCCACAACCUCCCUGAACUACGGGACGAACGACACCUCCUCCUGUGACACUACCUCGUCCGCGAACGUGAGCCAAGUUAAAGUCACUGUGUCCGACGCGCUGCUGGAGAAGAAGCGGAUCUCCGCCGCCCGCGAGAGGAAGGCCACCAAAACUUUGGGAAUAAUCCUGGGAGCCUACAUCAUAUGCUGGCUCCCGUUUUUCAUUUACACUCUUCUAGUGCCUGUGUGCGAGUCCUGCUUCCACCCGGAGCUAUUUGACAUCUUCACCUGGCUGGGUUACCUCAACUCUUUAAUCAACCCCAUCAUUUACACCAUGUCUAACGAGGACUUCAAACAGGCUUUCCACAAACUAAUACGGUUUAAAUGCUGCAGGGCAUGAACGAUGAUAACCAGCCAUAAUUACCCCGUUCAGACCCCAUCUCUAAUCAUCUGUAUAAUGCCAGAAACCCACCAACAAAUAUGUCACUCCCCAGGUUUCCCCUGAGGGCGCCCACACAUUGUUUAUGAUAAUGUGGUUGCAGAAUGAGGAAUGAGGAAAUGUAUUGAGCUGCCAUCCCGCCUGCAUUGUGUGAUCUGAUGUAAUGCAAACAUAUAGGCAGCUGCAGUUGGUGCAGAGGAGGUGAAGCUCUGUGACUGGUGUUAUUAUAGUGACUUGGAGAAAGUCCAUAGCCCCAGAGAGCGGGGGGCCUUUCCCGCCUGUACGCGCUGCACUGGACUGCAGCCUGCAGACUCACUUUGCCAUAUGAGUUUGACAGUCAACGUCAGUUGGCUUGUAAGCACAAACAGCUUAGGACUAAGCUACCACGAGCCCCAAGGGCAAAAAAUAAGAUUUGUGUUUCAUUUUCCUGACUCAAUAAGGGGAAAUACUGGUGCCUACUACAGUUUAGUUUUGUUCCUCAGACGUGCCUGGCCCGGAUGGAGAUAAAAAGCAUGAUUUAUGUUUGAGAAAAAGACACAAUCUGUUGUUUUCUCGUGGCCAGUGUAUGUAUGUUAGAGCCCGACCGAUAUUAUCGGCUGAUAUUGGCCUGUUGCGCAAUAUAAAAUCUUUUUUUCUGGUACAUAGUGCAGAGACAAAUGCUUGUGGUAAUUUAUUGGUGUCAGUGUAACGUUUGUCCAGCAGAAGGCGCUGUGAUUUAAAACACUGAGGCAAACAGCAGAGAAUAAGAGAUCAGAAGCAGCUUUUAGCCACUAGAACUGGUUAAAUUAUUUACUGUGUUUAAGAAUAUUUAACUCAAAUAUUCUUUUAAAAAAUAGCUUUAUUAAAGAAAAUUUAAGAGUAACUUUGCAAAUUCAAAUCAGUACAAAAUCAGUCUGUUUUCAUUCUAGCUCAAAGAUUCUGCUGCGAUAUCGCUAAUAAUUCUUUCUACUCUCUCGGUCGGGCUCUAACGUAUUUUCUUUUCUUUUCUUGCUGUGACUGAUGUUCACUUUAAACAAGGCUCCAAAAUGAGUGUAAAUCCGUAUGCAUCAGUGUGAUUCUUACCUUCAUUUACCUGAAGAGUCUGGAUUGUGCUCAGUGGAAUGGGUGUCACACUGUAAAAUAGCUCCGACUCUGAGGGACCGAUUCUAUCUACCAGACCUCUCGUUAAAGAUGCAUUCUUAAUUGUUAAUAUUAGCUUUGAUGUUCCAUUUCAUGUCAGGCUAAACAAACACAAAUCUAGUCGAACAGGGUUGACGACGGACAGGAGGGUUCCCGCAGUCGCAUCUUGGAAUUUGGCAUUUGGUGUCUUCCACAUCCGGAGGAGAAAGUUAUGGAAGAUUCUUUUUUUUUUUUUUUAAUGCUGGAAAAUGUCAUUCUGAUCAAAAUCACCCUUUUCCUCCCACCAAAGCGUCACAUGUUAAAUGUCAAGCUUUAGCUGCUGCUGAUCCCUUAAAAGAACAUUUUUUGGGGGAAAAAUUCAAACAGAAGUCUGUUUGCUUGCAGGUUGUCAGAAAAAGAUGCAAAAAACUGUAACAACAACAACAACAAGGUGCGGGUGAUGGAACUCAUGCUGCACGUGUUCGGGGCUGUAGCUACCACUCAGGAUAUUAUAACAACCUGACGGGGAAUUUAAAUUACACAUGGUGAGUUUUUAAAGGCCCAUUCUGAUAUUAUUAAGAGUUAAAAUUAUAUAAUUUAAAUGUUUUUACCCAAAAAAAUGAAUUCAGGAUUUUCAGUUGUAUUAAAGUCUUGGCAUUUUGGAGCAGGUAUUUAGGCCACUGUGUAAGAAGAUAUGAUCAUAGUUAUAUAAUUUAAAGCAGCUACAAGGAAUUUAAUUUGGUGUUGAUUCUGGCGGCCCCUGUGGACACAAACGGUAGUGUUUCUAUUGGCAAUCUGAUUAAGGCAUUAAAAAUAACUGUAUAGAAAUAUAUAAACGAGACAAUGUGAGAAAAGAUUGGAUAAGUCACAUAGAGGCAUCAGUAUUACAUGAAGACUGUUUCAUAAUUAACAAAUGAAGUGAAUUACGACUUAAUCUGCUCCUCUUAAUGUUGGAGCAGACUUACAAGGUACUAAGGCAGCAUUUAGGGCACUUUAAUGAUAAAAAUCUUGUUGUUUUUACACAGCAAAGUAACAAUUUGUGCACAUUUACACUAAACGUAAUAUUCAAAAUUAAGUUAAGAAAGCCUCGGUCAACUUUCUCCUUUCCUGUACUGAGAUCUCCAAUGUGCUAGGAACUUAAAGUUUGUGUUAAGUCUGGCAGCCCCUGUGGACAAAAGUGCUUCUACCGCCUUGUUUCAUUGAUUUCAAGGGGAAUUUAAAUACAUAUUAAAUAUAGAGACUGUUUUGGGGUGGGUAUGGGGUUGCGUUGGGGACAGCUACAGCUCUGUUCAUGUUGUGCAAUCAUUUAGGAAAUCUCUGAAUGUGAUCUGAAAUGUGUUGGAACCCUGUCUUGUUCAUUUUUAAGAACAGUUGACACCACUCUCAUGUCUCUGUCGGACUCACGAUGGACGUAAACAAUCAAAAUCGAUGGAGCAGAACUUUUUUUCCCCACACAUUCUUCUAGUCAAAACCUACAUUACCCACAAUGCAACUCGAGCGCUGCCAGUUCAGUCAGAGAUUGGGGUGUGUUAUGCUAGUAGUGGCUAAUGUAGCCUGGAGCCUCUAGUCCUCAGCAGAGAGGAGGAGCAGCUGCAGAGGUAAGAUCGCCUCUUUCUAACUCAACACCAACAGAUUUUAGUCUUCAGCCGACGCGGACUCAAGUGACAUCACUUGAGGAGAUUUAUCAGACUUCACACAGCGCCCUCUGGAGACACUAAAGUCUAAAACAUGCAGUACAACACCUGGAAACACUAUGAUAAUCAGUCCCUCCAGAAAAACGCGGAGUUUGUUUGUGAUUGUUGCGGGCCAAAAUCCUUGAUUAUGCGGCACGUUUUCUUAAAAAACGCGAUGGAAUAUGCGGCAAUUUAUGCAAUUUUAUGCGAUGAAAACGGGAACUUGCAAAAAUUGCGGCUUCAUCGCGGGUUUGCAGCUUUUCGUUGACGUUCACAUUGCGUAAUUACGUCACUUCAUAACGUUCCCAUGGCAACAGGGGAAAAUGGCUGCUCUUGUGUGGAGUUAACGCAACAUUUUUCAACUUUAACAACAAGAUAUAUGUCUGACUUUUUUGCAACGGAAAAGCGAGGAUUAUGAAAUCAUGCAAGCCCCGCAUGUUUGGAGCGGAAAUCUGCAAUUUAUGCGGUGAAAGUUCGGCGUAUUUAAAAAAAUGCCCCCGCAUAAAUAUGCAGACUUUGGCUGAUUAUGCAUUGAAUUCUGGGAUCACAUAAUCGUGUUUUUCUAGAGGGACUGGAUAAUAGUAAUGAUAAUAACACUAUAUAAAUCAGUGGAGUUCACUGUUGAGUAUAGAGCCAGGAGACAAUUAGCCUAGCUUAGCAUAAAGACUAGAAACGGGGGGAAACCGCUAGCCUGGCUCCAUCCAAAAGUUAAAAAUACACCCACUAACACCUUUAAAGCUCGGUAGCUAACACAUACGGUUUAAUCCGUACACAAACAGAAACGUAAAGACAAAAAGUUGUGUCAAAUUUAACAAAUGAAUUCAUGUUAGCUAGUAUUAGCAAAAUCCUAGCUAACUAGCCAACUAAUCUACAUUCACUUUAUUUCCAGUCUUUAUGCUAAGCUAAGCUAACCGCCUGGUGGCUCUAGCUUCAUAUUUAACAUACAGACAUGAGAGUGGUAUCAAUCUGUUCAUCUAACUCCUAGCAGCCAAGCUAAAGAGCUCAUUUGUGAAACUAUUCCUUUAAUAAGUAAUAAAACAUGCAUUUGUUGAUGAGUAAUCGCCACAAAUCGGCUGCAGGGAGCUUGUUGCACUGAGAGUCAAAAAAAAGAAGAAAACAGAAUUAUACAGUCUGCUGUAUCACAACAUCAAAGAUGGUUGCCAGAGACUCGUGAUCUCCUCUUCGUGGCUCCCACAUUGUAACCGAGCCACGUCUCCGCAGCCAUGUUGGGUGUUUGAGCACUGCAGCCGUCCUGCUCUGUUGCAGCUCUGUGGUGAAUAGCCUCUUUGUGUACAGUAUUGAUCAGCUCAGUGUGAAACUCAUCUGGUGGCUCUGUCAAUCCAAUGGAAGUUGCAUUUCAUCCGGGUUAGCUUCUGCUGUACAAUGCUUCUGCACACAUAGGCGAUGCACUGUAACCGCUCUCUGCUCUGGAGGAUGAAAUCCAACCCGCUGGGAGCACAAAAAAGAACUGCUGCUGUUGUGAAAAUAUCAAUAAAAAGGUCUAUGGCAUCAUGAGGUUACAA